UGCAGUGCCAGCGCUCCAGCCCAUAAACCAUCCCCUGGAGAGCAUCAGCUGCACUGCAGUCCCAGUGCUUCACCCCAUAAACCAUCCCUUGGGGAGCAUCAGCUCAUCAGCUGCAGCCCCACUGCUCCACCCCAUAAACCAUCCCUUGGAGAGCACCAGCUGCAGUCCCAAUGCUUCACCCCAUAAACCAUCCCUUGGAGAGCAUCAGCUGCAGCCCCACUGCUUCACCCCAUAAACCAGCCCUUGGAGAGCAUCAGCUGCAGCCCCACUGCUCCACCCCAUAAACCAUCCCUUGGAGAGCAUCAGCUGCCCCCACUCAUCAGCUGCAGUCCCAGUGCUCCACCCCAUAAACCAUCCCUUGGAGAGCAUCAGCUGCAGUCCCACUGCUCCACCCCAUAA